AUGCUGGCCGUCCUGGCCGGGCUGGCUUUCGCCCGGUGGGGGGCGGCGGCGGCCCCGGAGCCCCCCCCGGGGGGCCGCUUCGUCUGCACCCCGCUGCCCCCGGACGCCGCCUGCCCGCCGCCCCCCGCGCCGCCCCCCGAGGAGGAGCUGCAGGCCGCCGUCCUCCGCCUGCGGGAGACCCUCCUGGCCCAGAAGGAGACCCUCGGCCGGCAGCGGGACGCCAUCCAGGAGCUGACCGCCAAGCUGGGCCGCUGCGAGGCCGGCCCCGACGGCAGGGGGGGCGCCGGGAGGAAGGAGGGCAAGGGCAAGGACACCAUGGGCGACCUGCCCCGCGACCCCGCCCGCCUGGUCGACCAGCUCAGCCGCACCACCCAGGCCCUCAAGGACCGCCUGGAGAACCUGGAGCAUCAACUCCGUGCCAACGUGUCCUACGCCGCUCUGCCUCUCGAUCUCCGGGAGAUGCUUCAAAAGAGACUCGGAGAUCUGGAGCGUCAGCUUCUCAGCAAGGUGGCGGAACUGGAGAACGAGAAGUCUCUUCUUCAUAAUGAGACGUCCACCCAUCGGCAAAGGACCGAGGCUGCUUUGAACGCGCUGCUGGAAAGGGUUUCUGAGCUGGAGAGAGGUACCAGCGCCUUCAAGUCGCCGGACGAAUUUAAAGUCUCGCUCCCGCUUCGCACCAAUUACUUGUACGGGAAGGUGAAGAAGACACUGCCGGAGCUGUAUGCUUUCACCGUGUGCUUGUGGCUGAAAUCGAGCGCCUCGCCCGGGAUCGGGACCCCCUUCUCGUACGCCGUCCCCGGCCAGGCGAACGAAGUGGUGUUGAUAGAAUGGGGGAAUAACCCCAUCGAACUGCUGAUUAACGACAAGGUCGCUCAGCUGCCCCUCUUCAUCAGCGACGGGAAGUGGCACCACAUCUGCGUGACGUGGACGACUCGGGACGGCAUGUGGGAAGCUUUUCAGGAUGGAGAGAAACUGGGAACCGGGGACAACUUGGCUCCUUGGCACCCCAUUAAGCCGGGAGGGGUCCUGAUCCUCGGUCAAGAGCAGGACACCGUCGGAGGACGGUUUGACGCGACUCAAGCCUUCGUCGGCGAGAUGAGCCAGUUCAAUAUCUGGGACAGGGUCUUGAAGCCCGAAGACAUCAUGAAUAUCGCGAACUGUUCGGCCAACAUGCCCGGGAACAUCAUACCGUGGGUCGACAACAACGUCGACGUGUUCGGCGGCGCGGCGAAGUGGCCCGUGGAGACGUGUGAAGAGCGCCUGCUCGAUCUAUAG